CCGUUGUGGCUUCAGGGUUUCAUCCGCCGCCAGCCGCCGAGAAACUCCCGCACGAACGCAUCCGAGGCCAUGGGGCGCCGUCCGGCACGCUGCUACCGUUACUGCAAGGGCAAGCCGUGGCCCAAGUCGCGCUUUGUGCGCGGCGUGCCAGACCCCAAAAUGAGGAUCUUCGACACAGGCAAGAAGAAGAUUCCGUGCGAGGAGUUUCCCUGCGCGGCGCACAUGGUCUGCGACGAGAUGCAGCAGCUCACCUCGGAGUCCCUCGAGGCGGCCCGCAUCGCCACCAACAAGUACAUGUCCACGAACGCGGGCAAGGACUUCUACCACAUCAAGGUGCGGCCCCACCCGUUCCACGUGCUGCGCAUCAACAAGACGCUGUCGUGCGCGGGUGCCGACCGCCUGUCGACCGGCAUGCGCGGGGCCUUCGGCAAGCCCUACGGCACAGCGGCUCGCGUAAGGAUCGGCCAGGUGCUCCUGUCCGUCCGCACCAAGGAGGAGAAGCUGCCCAUCGCGGUGGAGGCGCUCCGCCUCUCGAAGUUCAAGUUCGCUGGUCGCCAGAAGAUCCACGUCUCCAGCUUCUACGGUUUCACCAAGUUCACCAAGGAAGACUACGCGAAGUGGAAGGCGAUGGGCCGCCUGAGGCCGAACGGCGUGGACGUCCAGUGGCUCUCGAGCCGCGGCCCCCUGUGGCGCCUCAUCGGCAGGAGCUGA